AGACGGGCUGCGUGUGUGGAGUGGCCAGGCCUGGCUGACAAGCGUCUUUCUUUGUCUCUCCCUCUGCCCACUUUUAGGUCCCGGACGUGCCAGGUGCGAUGAACGCUGGCUGCAGGGCUGAUGAUGGAAGGCUGUGAUCUGCCGGUCAUCCUGGGCAAGGACCUUGGAGGUGCUGGGCCUCAGCACCAGCAGUGGACCGAGUUUGGCAGUGCUCGCCACCUCCCCGCUGCACCUGAUGGCACAGAGUCCCCGGCAGCCGGCCAGCUAGGCCAUGAGCCGGCUUCCUUGUGUGAGCGCUUGCCAGGAGGUGCGGCAGCCUCUGCUUGCAGCCCGGAGCCCAGCAGCAAGGAGGUCAGCUGUAAUGACUUUGCGGCCUCAAUUGCCAGUUUGCAGACCUACAUGGAGCCCCCCUGUCCCAGUGCCCAUCCUCUGCUCCCCCCGCAAGAGGACUGCGGGAGCAACACUGGCGGCGAGGAGGAGGAGGAGGAGGAGGACGAGGAGAGCGAUAUCGAGAAUCUGGCCGGAGAGAUCAUCUACCAGCCAGACGGCUCAGCCUACAUUGUAGAAAGUCUCAGUCAGCUGCUGGCAAACUCUGCUCUCGCCAUCCCAGGAGCUAAGUCAGGGGAGCCUGUUACAGCCGUGCCCCAAGUCUAUCCACAAAUCAUCAACACUUUCCACAUUGCCGCCUCCUUUGGGAAGUGGUUUGAGGGCCCCACCGAGGCCUUUCCCAGCACCUCCACCCUGGUGGGGGUCAGCCCCGUCCUGCACAGCUUCCGUGUCUUUGAUGUGCGCCACAGAAGCAACCGGGAUUACCUGAACAGCGACGGUUCUGCCAAAAGUUCCUGCGUAUCCAAAGAUGUUCCCAACAAUGUGGACAUGUCCAAAUUUGAUAGCUUUGUCCUCUACGGGAAGAGGAAGCCCAUCCUGAUGUGUUUCUUGUGCAAGCUCUCCUUCGGCUUCGUCCGCUCGUUUGUGACCCACGCGGUGCACGACCAUCGGAUAACUCUGAGCGAGGAGGAGCGGAAAAUUCUUAGCAAUAAGAACAUCUCCGCGAUCAUCCAAGGGAUAGGCAAAGACAAGGAGCCCCUUGUAAGCUUUCUGGAACCAAAAAACCAAAACUUUCCACACCCUUUAGUUUCCGCAACUGACCUCAUAAGCCCCGGACACAGUUUCUGUGGCAAAUUCAGUGGGAUUUGCGUGGAAGGGGAGCGGGGCUCCCAGAUUGGGAUUGCCAGCGCAAGCGACCAGCCCCAGACAGCAGACCUCGUAGCCCCGGGGGGCCUCUUAAACCUGGGGGGGCUGACGAGCUCAGCUCUGAAGACCCCAAUUACCUCAGUUCCCCUGGCUGCCCUCACCUCCAGCCCUCCUGCCUCCUCCAAAGGGAAAGGCCCGGGGAAGGCCAGCAAGGAUGCGCAGGGCAGCUGCUUGGCGGAGGCGGAAUUGGCUGGGGGGGAGGAGGAGGAGGAGGAAGAGGAGGAAGAGGCUGGCGGGGGUGGCAAAGGGCUGUUUCCACACAGGCUGGAGCAGGAUCCGGGGGAGAAACGUCCUGCCCCUGCUGAGCCCAGGUUGGGGCCAAGCAGUGACAGCAGGCGGGAGGAUCUUGCUCUCUCAAACCAAAGCAUAUCUCCCUUGAGGCCUAGCGGGCCCCAGGCGGUGUCGAGGAGCUUGGCUUCUUCGGCUUCUCCUUCGGCUUCUUCCUUUGCCUUUGAUGGUGCAGACAGGCGGAGUUGCUUCAGCUUUAAUCGGGAGGGCAGCCAGAGGCUGGACAUGGCUGAGGAAAGGGCCAACCGAGACGAUGCCCCGGGUCCAGAACCAAGCGAGAGCCUCGAGGGGGAGGACGGGCUCUGCGCCUCCCACCACCAGCACGGAGGACCCCUCUGUGAGCUGGGGGGUGAGGAGUGCCCCUCGGGGGGAGGGGUGGAGUGCCCCAAGUGUGACACCGUCCUGGGGUCCUCGCGCUCCCUGGGGGGCCACAUGACCAUGAUGCACUCGCGCAACUCCUGCAAGACCCUCAAAUGCCCCAAGUGCAACUGGCACUACAAGUACCAGCAGACGCUGGAGGCUCACAUGAAGGAGAAGCACCCCGAGCCGGGAGGGGCCUGUGCCUUCUGCCAGUCGGGGCAGCUGCACCCUCGGCUCGCCCGGGGUGAAAGCUACACCUGUGGCUACAAGCCUUUCCGCUGCGAGGUCUGCAACUACUCCACCACCACCAAAGGCAACCUCAGCAUCCACAUGCAGUCGGACAAGCAUCUCAACAACAUGCAGAACCUGCAAAACGGCAGCGGGGAGAAAGGCUUCAGCCACGCUGCGGGGGCCGUGGCCACGGCCACCACCAGCAAUAGUGGUGGUGGCUGUGGGGCCCCCUCCCCCACCAAACCAAAAAGUAAACCUACCUGGCGAUGUGAGGUGUGUGACUACGAGACCAACGUCGCCAGGAACCUCCGCAUCCACAUGACCAGCGAGAAGCACAUGCACAACAUGGUGCUGCUCCAGCAGAACAUGAGCCAAGUGCAGCCCAGCCAGCACCUGGGCCUGGGCAGCCUGCCCGCCGAAGCUGAGCUCUAUCGGUACUACUUGGCCCAGAACCUGAAGGUGGACAACAGCCCAGGCUCCGAGGCGCAGUUCCUGACAGGCAGCAGUUUCCAGGUGGAGCCCGCCAACACCGUGGCCUCCAUGGCCCCACCCCCAGUGGGGGAAGAGAUCUCUCUGGACCCACAGCUCGGGGGAGGGCAGCUGGUGUCCGAGGAACUCAUGAACCUGGAGGAGACCUUCACCCAGACCAGCGACCCCUCACUGAAGCUGUUCCAGUGCGCUGUGUGCAACAAGUUCACCACCGACGCCUUGGAUCUCCUGGGGCUGCACCUGAAUGCGGAGCGGGCCCUGCCAGAGGAGGAGUGGAAGGGGGCCACGGGGGAGGCCUACCAGUGCCGGUUGUGCCAUUAUAGCACGCAGCUCAAGGCCAACUUCCAGCUGCACUGCAAGACCGAGAAGCACCUGCAGAAGUACCAGCUGGUGGCGCACAUCAGGGAGGGUGGGAAGGCCAACGAGUGGCGCCUCAAGUGCGUGGCCAUCGGGAACCCGUUGCACUUGAAGUGCAAUGCCUGUGACUAUUACACCAACAGCCUGGAGAAGCUGCGCCUUCACACCGGCAAUUCCAGGCACGAGGCUAGCCUGAAGCUGUACAAGCACCUUCAGAACCACGAGAGCGGACUGGAGGGGGAAGGCUGUUUUUACCACUGUGUCCUUUGCAACUACUCCACCAAGGCCAAGCUCAAUCUUAUUCAGCACGUACGUUCCAUGAAGCACCAGCGAAGUGAAAGUUUGCUCAAGUUGAAGCGCUUGCAGAAGAGCCUUCCUGAGGAAGAGGACAACCUGGGCCAAAUCUUCACCAUCCAGCACUGCCGAACUGCUGACACUGAGGAGCUCACUGAAGAUGCGGAAGGACCUGACGAGGCGGCCAAAGAAAUGGAGAGCAUGGCUGACCCGGACCAGGCCAAGUGGGCAGCUCAAGGCCACCAGGCUGAGCAGGAGUCAGCAGAGCCCCCCUUCCCCUCCAAGCAGGCUUCAUUUUCAAGGCACUCGGCAUCACCUGUCCCCAAAUGGCCCAAGCCACCUGACGAAGCGGAGCUAGAGCAGGUGUACCAGUGCCCCUACUGCAAGUACAGCAAUCCAGAUGUCAACCGGCUGCGGGUGCAUGCCGUGACCCAGCACUCCAUCCAGCCGAUGCUCAGGUGCCCCCUCUGCCAGGACCUGCUCGGCAGCAAGCUCCACCUUCAGCUGCACCUCACCCACCUGCACAGCGUGUCUCCCGACUGUGUGGAGAAACUCCUCUUGACGGUGACCACACCAGAGGUGAUGAUGCCCAGCAACGUGUUCCUCCCAGCAGCAGCACCGGAUCGAGACGGGCAUGAGGAAUCCCUCCAGCAACCUGAGAGCUCGGAGGAAGAGGGCAGAAGCCUGCGGUUGCUGCCAGAGGCCAUGGGGCAUGGCAGCAGCGGAGUAAAGCCUGUAGCAUCCGAGCAGCCCAGUGCCAAAGAGGAGGCGGGAUUCUUCUGCUGGAAGAAGGGCUGUGGCCAGGGCUUCAAAAGCUCCUCGGCCCUCCAGAUCCACUUUAGCGAGAUGCAUGGCAAGCGACCACAGCUUCCCGUUUCUGAUCGCCACGUCUACAAGUACCGCUGCAACCAGUGCAGCCUAGCCUUCAAAACCAUAGAAAAGCUUCAGCUGCACUCCCAGUACCACGUCAUCCGGGCAGCCACCAUGUGCUGCCUUUGCCAGCGGAGCUUCCGCACUUUUCAGGCCCUUAAGAAGCAUCUGGAGACCAGCCACCUGGAUCUGAGCGAAGCCGACAUCCAGCAACUGUACGGUGGGCUGCUGGUCAAUGGAGAACUGUUGGCCAUGGGUGACCCUUCCUUGGCUGAGGACCACACCAUGGUGACGGAGGAGGAGAAAGAGGAGGAGAACAGCGACCAGGAAGACAAGCAGAGCCGUGCAGGAAGUGACUGUGGGUCCCUACAGGAAGACUCUGGCUCAGAACCUAAACGGGCUCUUCCCUUCCGGAAGGGCCCAAAUUUCACCCUAGAAAAAUUCCUGGACCCAGCCCGCCCAUAUAAGUGCACCGUUUGCAAAGAAUCCUUCACGCAGAAGAACAUCCUUCUGGUCCACUACAAUUCGGUUUCUCACCUGCACAAGCUGAAAAGGGCCCUUCAGGAGUCUUCCGCCAGCCAGUCCGAGGCCACCAGUAGCCCUGACCACAAGCCCUUCAAGUGCAGCAUCUGCAGCGUGGCCUACAGCCAGAGCUCCACCCUGGAGAUCCACAUGCGCUCUGUGCUGCAUCAGACCAAGGCACGAGCAGCUAAGCUGGAAGCAGUCAGCGGCAGUGGCCACAGCAAUGCAUCCCUGGGCUCCUCCAUGAUCAGCCCCCUGGGUGUCAGCACCAUGAGCCUAUUCUCCUCUUCCUCCUCCUCUGCCGCCCAGAGCAACAUAAGCACAGGUAGCACUGGCUCUGCUCCACCCCUCCUCAGCCAGGCUUCCUGUGACACCACAGGGCAGCCCCCUCUGAACCUCCCCAUGGGUACCGGCCACCCACCUGCAGCCCCCUUGAGCCCUUCAGAAUCUAAAGAGACCAAUCGUAAGGAGACAGGAGAUGCGCUGGCAUGCCACCAGCCACUGCCCCCACUGCCAUACUCUUUGGUGCAGGCCCAGCUGCAGCAAGAGCUGCAGCAGCAGGCGUCGCUUCUGCAGGCCCAGCUUUUCAACCCGGCGCUCUUGCCCCGCUUCCCCAUGGCCCCGGAGGCUCUCCUGCAUCAGCAGCAGCAGCAGCAGCUACUCUUCCCCUUCUAUCUUCCCAGUGCCGAGUUGCAGCUGAACGCCGAGGUGAGCUUGCCGGUGACCAAUGGCACCCUGAUGCUGACAGGCAGUGGGCCAGGCCUGCUGGAAGACCUGGAAGCCCAGCUUCCACAGCCAAGCCACCCGCAGGUGCAGCCGCAGCUUCCACUGUCCCAACCUCCGUGCGUGCUCCUCCCAGCAAGCUUGCCCCCAGACAAGAAGGCCAAGUCUGUGGGGAAAGAAAAGGAGGCCCAGCGGGAUCAGGAGGUGGCAGAGAAGGGCGGCCGAAGCCCCCUCUGCCCAGAGCCCCCAACCGAGGCCAGCAAGGCCCAAGAGAAGGCUGACCUAGUGGGGGCCACAGAAGCAGCUGGAAGCAGCCCUGGGGAGGCGCUCCGGCUCCCUCCUCGCAUUGCUGCAGAUGCUCGUGGCAACGCCACCAAAGCUUUGCUGGAGAACUUUGGGUUUGAGCUGGUCAUUCAGUACAACGAGAACAAGCAGAAGGCAGUUGGGAGGGCUGAGCAGGCCAACAGCCUGGAGAGGCUGGAAUGCGAGUCCUGCAGCAAGUUCUUCUCCAACGUGCUCAUCCUGAAGACCCACCAGGAACACGUCCACCAGCACUAUCUCCCCUUCCAGCAGCUGGAAUGGUUUGCCCAGCAGUACCGAGAGCACUACGACCAGCUCUACCCACUGCGGCCACUGACGCCUGAGCUGGCCCCCCCGCCCCCUCCUGCGCCCGCUCCUGCUGUGCCUGCUGCCCCCUCCCAGCCUCCUUCCACGCCCACCCUGCAGGCCUCAGCCCCACCCAUGACCUCUCCCUCCGUCACACCCACCCAGCCUUCCUUGCCCCUCACGCAGCUCCCCAUGCCCAUGGAUCUGCCUCUCUUCUCACCACUCAUGAUGCCAACCAUGCCUUUGCAAGCCCUGCCGGCCCAGUUACCGCCCCAGCUUGCCCCUGUCGACUCUUUACCUGCAGAGCUGGCUCAGCUGUACCAGCAUCAACUCAACCCAGGCCUUUUGCCGCAGCAGCAGCAGCAGCAGCAGAACAAACGACCACGGACACGAAUCACCGAUGACCAGCUCCGGGUCUUAAGGCAGUAUUUUGACAUCAACAAUUCCCCAGGUGAGGAGCAGAUCAAGGAGAUGGCAGAGAAAUCUGGUUUGCCCCAGAAGGUGAUCAAGCACUGGUUUCGAAAUACGCUUUUCAAAGAGCGCCAGCGCAACAAGGACUCACCGUACAACUUCAGCAACCCCCCAAUCACCAGCCUGGAGGAUCUGAAAAUGGACUCCCGGCCAUCUUCUCCAGAGCCUCAGAAACAUGAGUACUGGGGAAGCAAAAGAUCCUCCCGAACUCGCUUCACGGACUACCAGCUUCGGGUGCUGCAGGACUUCUUUGAUGCCAAUGCCUAUCCAAAGGAUGACGAGUUUGAGCAGCUUUCCAACCUGCUAAGUCUCCCAACGCGGGUGAUUGUGGUGUGGUUUCAGAACGCUCGCCAGAAAGCCAGAAAGAAUUAUGAGAAUCAGGGGGAAGGCGGCAAAGAUGGAGAGCGACGGGAGCUGACAAACGACCGAUACAUCCGAACGAGCAACCUGAACUACCAGUGCAAGAAGUGCAGCUUGGUCUUCCAGCGCAUCUUUGACCUGAUCAAACAUCAGAAGAAGCUCUGCUACAAGGAUGAAGAUGAAGAUGGGCAGGAGGACAGUCAGAACGAAGACUCCAUGGACGCUACGGAGCUCCUGACUCCCAGCAGUUCCUCCUGCAGCACCCCAAUGCCUUCCCAGGCUCAUGGCACACCCGCCUCUUCUGCCAGUGCAGCCUUUCUGUCACAGAGUACCACUGAGGCAGACAGUGAUUGCCCUGCUGCCUAUCAGUCUAAAACAAACGCUACUGAUGAGAAACCAAAGCACCCUGAGCCUUCAAGUAUGCAACAAAGCCCAACUUCAGAGAAGCAACGGCAACCAAAGCAAGACGGGCAGCUGCCACUGCAGGACCAAGGAGAGCCGAAGCUGAGCUCCGUGCACCCAAAGGUCUCCCCACCCCUCCAGCAGCAGCUGGCCCACCCUCUCCAGGGUGGCCUGCCCCAGGCAAGCCCUCCUCCUGCCCAGCUGCCUCUCAAGCCCCUGACCACGCCGAGUGCCCAGCAGCUGGCCAGCUUGCCUCCCCAGCUUGUCCCGUAUCAGUGUGAGCAGUGCAAGCUGGCCUUCCCUUCAUUUGAGCACUGGCAAGAACAUCAGCAGCUGCAUUUCCUGAGCACUCAGGGCCAGUUUCUCCAUUCUCAGUUCCUGGACAGGACGCUUGAUCUGCCCUUUAUGCUCUUUGACCCCAGUAACCCGCUGCUGGCUAGCCAGCUGCUCUCUGGGACCCUCUCCCAAUUGCCCACAAGCUCAGCCACCCCACCCUCUACCCCAACUGCUACCAUGAGCACCCUGAAGAGGAAGCUGGAGGAGAAAGCCAGCGUCAGCCCCGUUGGGAAUGAUGGCAGCGCUGGUAGAGAGGAGCCGCAGCGGGAUAAGCGCCUCCGGACGACUAUCACCCCUGAGCAGCUGGAAGUGCUGUACCAAAAGUACCUCCUGGAUUCCAAUCCUACACGGAAGAUGCUUGACCACAUUGCCCAUGAAGUAGGCUUGAAGAAGCGCGUAGUGCAGGUGUGGUUCCAGAAUACACGGGCCCGGGAGAGGAAAGGGCAGUUCCGAGCUGUGGGGCCUGCUCAAGCCCAUCGUCGGUGUCCUUUCUGCCGGGCCCUCUUCAAAGCCAAGACCGCCCUGGAAGCACAUAUCCGAUCUCGGCACUGGCAUGAAGCCAAGCGGGCAGGAUACAACCUGACCUUGUCAGCCAUGCUCCUGGAUUGUGAAGGAGGAGGGGGGCUUGUGGGGAAGGGAGACCUCUUUGACAGGGCCAACUUUGCACAGCUGCCUGCCCCUGGCAGUAGCAGUGACAGCCAGGGAAUUCCCCUCUCCCCAGGCAGCAAAUCUCUAGAGCUGUCCCCUCAGACCCUGCUGAGCCCGUCCUCCAUCAAAAUGGAAGGCAUGGAAGACUUGGAGAGCCCCUCAGUGUCCUCUGUGCACCUGAGCUUUGACCCAGCCAAACUGGACAAUGAUGACUGCUCCUCCGUCAACACAGCCCUCACAGACACAACUACAGGUGACGAGGCCAAUGCAGACAAUGACAGUGCCACAGAGGCCAGAGGGAGCUUGGGGCCAGGUGAGAGCCUGGCCAAGGCUGCCCUGUUAGCCAUGUCUGAGUACGAAGACAGGCUCUCCUCGGGCCUGGUGAGCCCCGCUCCCAGCUUCCACAGCAAGGAGUACGACAACGAAGGCACCGUGGAUUACAGCGAGACAUCAAGCCUGGCGGACCCUUGCUCUCCUAGCCCAGGCACGAGUGGCUCAGCGGGCGGCAAGUCCAGGGAUGUGGGUGACCGGCCAGGGCAGAAGCGUUUCCGGACACAGAUGACCAACCUUCAGCUGAAAGUCCUGAAGACCUGCUUUAGCGAUUACAGGACGCCCACUAUGUUGGAGUGUGAGAUUCUGGGCAAUGAUAUUGGGCUGCCCAAGAGAGUUGUCCAGGUCUGGUUCCAGAAUGCCCGAGCCAAAGACAAGAAAUCCAAGCUCAACAUGGCCAAGCAUUUUGGCAUUAAUCAAACUGGCUACGAGGGGCCAAAAACAGAGUGCACUUUGUGUGGCAUCAAGUACAGUGCCCGCCUGUCUGUUCGUGACCAUAUCUUCUCUCAGCAGCACAUCUCCAAAGUGAAAGAGACAGUUGGGAGCCAGCUGGACAAAGAGAAGGAGUAUUUUGACCCAGCCACCGUCCGCCAGCUGAUGGCACAGCAAGAGCUGGACCGAAUCAAGAAGGCCAAUGAAGUGCUUGGCCUGGCUGCUCAGCAGCAAGGCAUGUUUGACAGUUCCCCUCUGCAGGCUCUAAACAUUCCUGCCAACUACCCAGCAGCCCUUCAAAGCAUCCCUCCUGUCCUGUUGCCAGGUUUGAACAGCCCAUCCCUGCCUGGCUUCACUCCUUCCAAUACAGCUUUAACGUCUCCCAAACCUGCCCUGAUGGGUCUGCCGGGCACAAGCGUCCCCUCGCCUGGCCUCCCCACCUCAGGAUCUCCAAAUAAGACGGCCUCCCUCAGCUCCCCCCCGCCAGCACAAACUUCCGUGGGCUCUGCACUGCCCCUCCCACUGCAGAAGGACAAGGAGAGCGAGAAGGCGAAAGAGAAGGAGCGCGCCCCCAAGGCCAGGGGGGAGGCCCUGCCAGGCCCCAAGAAGGACAAAGGGGAGGCACCCAACCCUGCCCUGGCCUUCCCCGCCACGGGGCCUGCCCUGGAGUACUCGGUGGAGCCUACCCAGCUGCAGGCCCUGCAGGCGGCCCUCAACACGGACUCCAUGGCCUUGCUGACUAGUCCCUUCCUGCCGUAUUUUGUGCCCGGCUUCUCUCCUUACUAUGCUCCUCAGCUCCCAGGGGCCCUGCAGAGCGGAUACCUCCAGCCCAUGUACAGCAUGGAAGGGGUCUUCCCCUACGGCCCGGCCCUGUCACAGGCCUUGCUUGGUGUGUCCCCGGGCACUCUGUUGCAGCACUACCAGCAAUAUCAACAGAGCCUCCAGGAGGCACUGCAACGGCAAGCGCAGCUGCCCCUGCCCAGAGGCAGCCAGCCCCCCAUCCCCGCAGAGGGCCCCUCUCCUGAAAAAGGCCCUGCCAAAGAACCCCCCAAGCCAGAAGAGCAGAAGAAAACCUCCCGCGAGGGGUCCCCCCGAGGAGAGCCCACCACAGGAAGCAGUAAUGCCCCGGACUCCCUCUGUGACCCCUUCAUUGUCCCCCCGGUGCAGUACAGACUGGUGUGCCGGAAAUGCCAGGCCAGAUUCGGGAGUCAGGAGGCGGCUGACGUGCACCUGAAAUCCCUCUGCUGCUCCGGCCAGUCGGCGGGGACUCUGCCUGAGGUGGCGCUUCAGGUGCUUGCUGGCGGGGGCGGCUCCUACCAGUGUGUGGUGUGCGAGAGCACGGUGUGUGGGGAAGAGGCCCUCCGGCAGCAUCUCGAAUCUGCCCCCCACAGACAUCCGACAGUCCCCCGAGCAGCAGCCAGAAACGCCAAAGAGCACCCCAGUCAAUUACCUCACUCUGCCUGCCUCCCUGACCCGAGCACCGCAUCUACCUCGCAGCCCACCGCUCACCCCAAGAACGGCCCCCCGCCCGCCGCUCUUCCCCCUGCCUCCCAAAAGCCCUGGCCUCCGGCAGCCUCCCCUCCAGGGAAGCCCCCGCCUCUCUCCUCAUCUUCAACGGUUACCUCAAGCUCAUGCAGCACCUCAGGGGUUCAGCCCUCUCUGAUGCCAAGGAAAUUCUCUUCGGAGGAGUCUGACUCGGGCCACGGGCUGGAGGCCGGGGGGCCGGUAGAGCCCAGCCCCCCCCCCGGGACAGCAGCCUCCCCAGCGUGGACCCUUUUCGAUUGUAAGCUUUGAAGACAGACCCUUGCAAAAUGGAUCUAGAAAUACCCAACCGGUUUCAGAAAUAGACUAACUGCAAUUCCAAAGCUUCUAACCAAAAAAGAAAAACCAACGGAGAGAGAGAGAGACGCCUGGGUGGCUUUCCCAGAGGCCAAUGCUGGCAGCUCGGCUUGCCUCUGGGCAGCCGAAGGAUUUGCUGUGGCUCUCUCAAAGGUGGCUGUGCCCCCCAGGAAUCAGCCCCCCACCCCCGCACAACCCCCUCCAGAGCGCAGUGGAGGCCAGCAUAACAACUCUGUGGGAAAGCAGGCCACCCGGGACCAUUUUAAAUUUCUUGCUAUCUUCAGAUACCAAUGGCUUGCUUGCUAAAAGGAAAAAAGAAAUGUAACGUCUUUUUAUUCUCAGGUCAAUCGCUCACACUUUGUUUGGUUUUCAGAAUCAUUGUUUUAUAUAUAUAUAAUUAUAUAUAUAUAAUUUCUUUUUUUGGUUUUGAUUUUUUCCAAGAAAAGGUUUUUUGUUGUUAAUUUAAAAAUGGGCAGAAAGUAUUGAAGAGACAAACAAUGUGAACUAAGUUAGCUUUCUGGGGGUUUUAGGGGUAUCUUUUCUGCUGAAGCCAAUUUCAAGGGGGCCAUUCAGCCCCCCCCCUUUUUCAGAAAAGAAAACACACAGAGUGUUAAGGACUUGGGAGUUUUAAACAACUGACUUUCUGUAUUUAUGAUAGAUAUGACCAUUUUUGGUGUUGAGUAGAUUGUUGCAUUGGAAAUGAACUGAAGCAGUAUGGUAGAUUUAAAGACACCCCCCUUUUUGUGUAUGUUUAGCUUUUGUAUAUGGUCCAGCUGGCGGCUUCUCAUUCAAUGUUGUCUCGUCCAUUCCUGUCCUGGCCAGAUGGAGGCCCCGUCUGACUCGCCGCAGUUUCUCCGUCCAUCCCUCCAUCCCCAGGCCAUCCCGUCAUAAGCUUCCACUUAUCAGUCGCUGCCUUCAUUUCUCAGAGGGUGGCCACAAAGUUAUUUUAUAAAAAUAAAGGAAAAAACUCAAAGGGUUCAGAGGGGUCAGUGGGAUCCCUUUCAAAAUAUUUUAGUUGGGAGCUCAACACUUUCUAAGGUGUAUUCCUGUCCGUUAUGCACUUAGCUCUCUCCCUCUCCCUCCCUCCCUCCCUCCUUUUGGCUUCCUUCCCUCCCUAUGUAAAGGCUCCAUUUCGGAAGGGUCCGCCCUUGUUUCUCUGUCUGUCAUUAGGACACCCUUUUUCCUCUUGAAGGAUUUUUUGAGGUUAGGGCAAGUGGGUGGGCGGGCUGUUUUUUCCUUUUGUUUACUUUGUUUCUCUUCUCUAGAAGAAGUUCAUGCUUUAAAUAAAAUCCAAAGACAAACCCUUUCAACCCCUGGUGCAGAACGAGCAAAAAAGGCCUCUUUUGAGGAUUUGUUUCUCUUUUAGCCACAAGACUCCAUUUGACCAAUAAACUUUACGUGAAUGAAAGAGCCUCUGUGCUUCUCCUGCCAGUACCCGGCCCUGAGCUUGGACAGACCAGUGGGGUGUUUUUAUGGGGUGCUGUGCUGAGAAGUGAGGAGGGUGGGGCGGCUGGAGAGCCAUACCCCAAAUCUUCUUCUCUGAUCCUCUCCUGGGAAGGGGAAUUGGCAUCGCUGCCAGGCUGAGUUUGCAGUCAGGUGUUUGGAGCCCAGUGCCGCCAGGUCUGCGUGCCAUACCCCGCACCCCGAUGCUCUGCCAAUAGGCCUGCCCCACUUUCAUCUUCUGGCGCCAGCCUCCCCCACCCACCCGCUCGUGGAAGGGGGCUCUGGGAGAGGCAACAACCUCCCUGCUGCCUCUCUCUUAGCUGCUUGUAGCUUGAGGGAGGAUCCCUGGUUGCACAUGCGUGGAAAGCCUGGUCCUGAGAGUCCCUCUGCCCCAGUGGCAGCCUGGGGCCCCCCGCACAGCCCUCUUUCUAGAGCUGAAGCUGUGCAGAUAGGGCUCCUAUGCUUUGAGUUGGUGUGUUACUGUUGAACAUUACUUUGUAUCCUGAGGCUUUUCAUUUCAUUUCUGGUUCUUUGUGUGGGAUAUACCUUGCUAGUUGAACACUCGUGUUUCCUGGCCAGUUUGGGGUCUGCUUGCUUUGACAUCUUUGGCCUCCUUUCUUUGUUCUGCCCUAGUUCCCUCCUCCUGCUCUCUUCUCCUGUCCUGGCUUUCCUCCCUCUGCGUGGGGCAUGCCCAGGUCCUUCCCAGUCUUCUGGCUGCAGAAGAGAGGCCUCCAUCCUGGAAGCAGUGUCGUCCCCAGCAGGGCAGUGGCAAGCAUUGAGCAGGCUCCUGGCCUGAGCCAAGCUAAGGUCUACCGUGAUUGCACCUCACCCUCUGGGACACUGGAGAGGGUUCAUGGACCCUCAGGAGGAGCAAGCAGCUAUGGCAGUCCUGGCCUCCCAAGAGGGCUGAGGCUCCUUCUGCCUCUGAGCCCCUCUGUCUGAUGGGAGAAUCCAAGCCAGAGGCCAGGAGUGGUCUGGCCCAGGAACAUUAACAUGUGGCUGGGUCCAAGGGGGUGCCCAGCUGGCCAACAGAAAUGGCCUUCCUGGACCACCAGGGCCUUAUUCCAAGUGGCCUUGGGGACACGAGGAAAUGGAACUCUUGCUGGUUGGUUGGUUGGUUGUCUAGAUGGAUGGAUGGCUCUGAAAAUCCUGCCCACUGUGAAACACAUAAUUUUUUACUAUUUUUUCAUUACUUUGGUUGGGGGGAGGGGGGGCAAGUCUGGAUAAAACAGAAAAUAUAUAAAUGAGGUGAAAUCUCUAAACAGCCUUUGCAAUGUACAAAAACUAGAGCAAGUGAAACCAAAAAUGACGUUCUUGGUGUUUUUCUAUAAUGUUGUCUUGUUAGCUUUUUUGUUACUGUAAUAAUGCUGAUCUCAAAUUGUACCAAAAUACAUAGAGAUGGACAAAAGCAGAACCACACAGAACUCUAAAA